AUGCGCUCUGCCAUCGUCGUGCUUCUUCCUUGCUUUGCCAAUUCCUAAUUGCCAAAUGGGGCUUCACGCAUUUUCUGAAACAUUCAAUAUGCGGAAUUUUGCAGCUACAUGAACAAUUUUCCAAGUAAUGAGUGCAGAGAAGUAGUGGUGGGUUUUGGACUGGAGAUGGUUUUCUCUGAUAGUAAGAGUGUGUAGAGGGUUUUAGAAGGAAACAAAAAUAUCGGAUAAAUUGGAAACAAGAAAUAAUGAGCGGAUCAGAAAGGAGAAUAUGCGAGGAAUUUACAUCUGGGUACUAUGGGCUUUGCGCCAUUGGAGGAAUGCUCAGUGCUGGAACUACCCACCUUGCCAUUACUCCUCUUGAUGUCCUCAAAGUCAAUAUGCAGGUGAACCCAGUCAAAUAUAACAGCAUUUCCUCAUGUUUUAUGUCCCUUUUGAAAGAGCAAGGUCCUUCUACCUUUUGGAGAGGUUGGGCUGCCAAGUUUUUUGGAUAUGGCGUUCAAGGAGGUUGUAGAUUUGGUCUCUAUGAGUACUUUAAGAGGCUUUACUCUGAUAUAUUGGUGGGCAGCAAUAGAAGUUUCAUUUUCUUUCUUAGUAGUGCUUCUGCUGAAGUGUUUGCCAAUGUGGCUCUCUGCCCAUUUGAAGCCGUCAAAGUCCGGGUUCAAGCACAGCCAUCUUAUGCUAAGGGCUUGGUUGAUGGCUUUCCAAAGAUAUAUACAUCAGAAGGCAUUCACGGAUUUUACAGGGGUCUUGUACCACUUUUGGGCCGAAACCUUAUGUUCUCCAUGGUUAUGUUCUCAACAUUCGAGCAUUCUGUGCAUUUUCUGUAUCAUAAUGUUUUCCAAAGGAGAAGGGACGAUUGCUCAACAGCUCAACAGCUUGGUAUUACAUGUUUAGCUGGAUAUGCUGCUGGUUCUAUUGGUAGCUUCAUAUCUAAUCCUGCCGACAACAUUGUUGCUUUUCUUUAUAACAAAAAGGCUGAUACCCUUGUGCUGGCUGUCAAGAAAAUUGGGCUUGCCAAUUUAUUCACAAGAAGCCUUCCUAUAAGGAUAAUGCUGGUUGGCCCUGUUGUGACUUUACAGUGGUUAUUCUACGAUAGCAUUAAAGUCUUAAGUGGAUUGCCAACUAGUGGAGAAGUUUCAAUGGACGAAAACGUGGAUGGAGCAUCCUCUGCUUAUAAAAUGGAAGAUUAAAAUAACCAUUUCUGUUUUGGAGCCAUGCAGAUGAUUAACCAUCUAAGAUGGAAGAUUCAGACAGUCAGAUUAUAACACCUUCUUAAUAUGAAUGGUUAUCGAAGGUUGAACUCGUAUCUAUAGGAAAUUCCUGAUGGCAGCAUUUUUAUACUUGCCAUCAUUCAUGUUUUUGUCUGGUUGAGCAAGUUUUGUGGUAGCUUAGAAGUUAGACUGGACAAAAAUGCUUUCAACUAGUUCUCAGCUUAUAGCUGAAAAACGAUUUUCACUUCUAGUUGAUGCAUUAGCAAGCAACAUAGUUGCCUGAGUUACAUUCUAAGCAAUUACAUGUUAUUGAAAUUGUUCUAAUUAUAUUAUACUGAAUUCUGAAAUUCUAAGUGCUCGUGCUGCCUUCCUGCUC